GAAAACACUUUUGCCGGGGGACUGUUGGAGGCUAUUUUCUGGCUGGACGAUCCAUGACUUGGGUGCCUAUUGGAGCAUCCCUGAUGUCGACUGAUGUGGGCAGUGGUUCGUUCAUAGGCCUGGCGGGCAAUGCAGCGGCCGGGGGCAUUGCUGUCGCGGGCUUUGAGUGGAAUGCCAUCUGGCCACUGCUGGCUCUGGGCUGGAUCUUCGUGCCUGUUUACAUCACAGCAGGAGUUGUCACCAUGCCUGAGUACCUGCAGAAGAGGUUUGGCGGGGAGAGGAUCCAAAUCUACCUGUCUGUGCUGUCCCUGAUUAUCUACAUAUUCUCCAAGAUAUCCGUGGAUAUAUUUGCUGGAGCAUUGUUCAUCCAAACCUCUUUGGGAUGGAACAUCUACUUGUCCACCGUGCUCUUGCUAACAGUGACUGCUAUCUACACUAUAAUUGGGGGGUUGACUGCUGUGAUUUACACAGACCUGCUGCAGACCGUGAUCAUGGUGCUGGGAGCUUUCAUCCUCAUGUUCAUAGGGUUUGAAAAAGUUGGCUGGUAUGAAGGACUUCAGGAGAAAUACUUCACAGCAAUACCAAAGAUAACGGUUCCAAACACAAACUGUCACCUCCCACGUGAAGAUGCCUUUCAUUUGUUCAGGGAUCCCAUCACAGGAGACCUUCCCUGGCCUGCCCUUAUGUUUGGUCUCACUGUGGUGGCUCUUUGGUUCUGGUGCACUGACCAGGUGACGGUCCAGAGGUCUCUCUCUGCCAAGAACCUCUCCCAUGCCAAAGGUGGAUCACUGCUGGCAGGAUACCUGAAAAUCCUUCCUGCGUUUUUCAUUGUCAUGCCAGGAAUGAUCAGCAGAGUUCUUUACCCAGAUGAAGUGGCCUGCGUGGACCCAGACGUCUGCACAAAGGUCUGUGGAGCUGCUGUGGGUUGUUCCAACGUUGCCUACCCCAAGCUGGUGAUGGAACUCAUGCCUGAUGGGCUCCGGGGUUUGAUGAUUGCAGUGAUGAUGGCAGCCCUGAUGAGUUCCCUCACCUCCGUUUUCAACAGCAGCAGCACCCUCUUCGUUAUCGACAUCUGGCAGCGCAUCCGCAGGAAGGCCUCCGAGCAGGAGCUGAUGAUUGUGGGCAGAGUCUUCACCCUCAUCCUUGUGGUCAUCAGCAUUCUCUGGAUCCCAAUCAUUCAGUCAGCCAACAAUGGAAAGCUCUUUGACUACAUUCAGUCCAUAGUCAGCUAUCUGUCCCCACCAAUUGCAGCCCUCUUCCUCUUGGCAAUCUUCUGGAAGAGGAUUAAUGAGCCUGGUGCUUUCUGGGGUCUCAUUGUUGGCCUUGCUGUUGGUCUGGUUCGGAUGAUCAUGGAGUUUAUUUAUACUGCCCCGUCUUGUGGGGAGGAGGACAGGAGACCAGCGGUGCUAAAGAACGUGCACUACCUCUACUUCGCCCUCAUCCUCUCUGCCAUCACUACCAUUGUCAUUGUCAUCAUCAGCCUCUGCACCCCACCCAUCCCUGAAGAAAAGCUGGACAGCCUCACGUGGUGGACCAGGCACAGAAAACCACCUGCCAUAAACCUGAAAAACGACGGGAGUGAAGCAGCAGAGACCUCAGAACACAGAGAGAAGGAGCUGGUGGAAACUGCAGCUCCAGGAGAUGAGGAGGAGCCAGCAGCCGAACGUCCCUGCUGGAAGGUGGUGUGUAUGUGGCUGUGCGGUCUGUCCUCCGGCCCCACGCCCGCCCUGUCCCCGGAGGAGAAAGCUGUCCUGGAGCAGAGACUCACCAGCAUCGAGGAAAAGCCCCUGUGGAAGACUGUGUGUGACAUUAAUGCCAUUCUCCUGCUGGCUGUCAGUGUUUUCCUGUGGGCAUAUUUUGGCUGAGCUGGCUCAGGCUUUGGUUGCUCUCCCCUUCCUGUCCCAGCUGGGAGCAUCAGGCAGCACAGCCCUUCCCUGCAGGCAGCGCUUGCUGGGAAUGACUGUGGGGCUCAGUUUCUCCCUGGGGGGUACCAGAACUCAGCACUGGUCACAUCUGGGAUGCAGGGGAUGUGUGGGAUAGCAUGUGGGGCAAGUCAGCAGCUUUGGGGUCAAGUUUAAGGGUGCAGAGCUGAGCCCAGCAAGGAGCAAAGGCUUUGGAAAGCCCAGCCGUGGCAAGGCUGGGGCCUCUCUCAGGGCUGACUUUGCUCUGCUGUGCUUAGGGGAAGGAGUUCUGGUUUACAGUGUGUGGGGAAGGAGACUUAAACACUAGCUGUGCUUUUUUAUAUGGCCAAAUUUCAGAUAGGAUCAGUUGGGGAGCACUGGAUUAACACAGCAUGACAACCCUGGCUCCCACAGCCUCCCCACAACCUGUGGGGGACCCCU